AUGGCGCUUAGGAUUAGUCCGAGUCCAGUAAACCCCGGUGGAGGAGUAGGAGGAGGAGGGGCACGCAAAUCUCAAAGCAGAUGGAACUCCUCCUCCUCCUCCUCCUCCUCCUCCUCCUCCUCUGUUUCCGUCGGCGCCGCUCCUCCGACUGUUAGCUGCUGCAGCUUGAAGCAUCAUCAUCAGCAGCAGCGGCGGAAGAGCGGAGCGAAUUUCGCGUCGACGCCGGCGGCGCCGCUCCACGCGGCGGAGGAGCUGGCGUCGCGGCUGGGGCUGGAGAUGGCGGUGGCGGGGCUGGAGCGGCUGUUCCGGCAGCGGAGCUUCGGCGACCGGCCGCCGCGGUGGGGUGGCGACGACGACGACGACGGGGGUGAUGGUGAUGAGGAGGAUGAGGAGGGGGGGUCGUCGUCCCGGAUGCGCGUGGCGUACCAGGGGGCGCGGGGGUCGUACUGCCAGGAGGCGGCGGCGGCGUGCUUCCCGAGCGCGGCGGCGCACGAGCCGUGCGCGCACAUGGAGGCGGCGUUCUCGGCGCUGGAGGAGGGGUCGGCCCAGCGCGCGGUGGUGCCGCUGGAGAACUCCCUGGACGGGCCCAUCCCGCGCAACCUGGACCUGCUGCUCCGCCACCCGUCCGUCCGCAUCGCCGGCGAGCUCGUCCUCCCCGUCAACCACUGCCUGCUGUCCCACCCCUCGGCCCGCCCCUCGUCCCUCCGGCGCGUCGUCAGCCACCCGCAGGCCCUGGCCCACUGCCGCUCCGCCCUCCGCGCCCUCCGCCUCUCCCCCGAGGAGGCCCCCUGCGCCNUUCCCUGCACCGCCGAGACCGCCCACCUCCUCGCCCGAGCGCCCUCCCCCCCGACACCGCCGUCGUCGGCAGCCGCGCCGCCGCCCGCGAGUUCGGCCUCCGCCUCCUCCGCCCCAACCUCCAGGACCGCCCCGAAGAAGAAGAGGAAGAAUAAGAAGACGACGGUGGCGUUCGCGCUCCGCAACGGGCCCUCGGAGCUGUUCCGGGCCAUGUGGAUCCUGGAGAGCCGCGGGGUCAGCGUCACCCGGGUCGACCACCGCCCCAACCGCUCCAGCCCGGUCCGGAUCGUCCCCGCCGAGGACGGCAGGAGCGAGGCCGUGUACAUGGACUACGUGUUCGUCCUCGACGUGGAGGGGCCCCACUCCGACGUGGCCGCGGCGCUCGCCAGGUUGGACGAGAUCGCCGCGGGCUCCCUGCGCGUCCUCGGAAGCUACGCGUGUACGGUCGCAAGUUGA